AUGUCUGAACCGAAUAACUACACUGUUGGUUGGAUUUGCGCGACACUUCCGGCAUAUGUCGCUGCACAGGCCUUCCUCGACGAAACGCACGAGUCACCUGAAUAUGUCUCACCGCACGAUAAUAACGAUUAUACAUUGGGAAAGAUUGGAAAACACAAUGUGGCCAUUGCAGUCCUCCCCUGCGGCGAAUAUGGAUUGGCAUCUGCCGCGAGCGUCGCGAGAGACAUGUUGCACAGUUUCCCCAACAUCAGAAUCGGCCUCAUGGUCGGAAUCGGUGGCGGCGCUCCCAGCCCAACGCAUGACAUUCGUCUUGGUGACGUCGUGGUGGGUGUCUCUAGCAACGGGAAUGGCAGUGUUUUCCAGUAUGACUACGGCGAAACUCUACAGGGACAAGGUCAAAACUUUCAAAAGGUGAUAUUCUUGAAUAAGCCACCGUUGGUUCUCCUUUCAGCUGUAAAUGGACUUAUGGCAAAGCACGAAGGUGAGGGGAACCAUCUUGCGGAAGCUGUUGGCAGUGUGCUCGAUCGAAAGAAGAAGCUGCACAAAAAGUUCGGGCGACCUGAAGCAGCCUCUGAUAGACUAUACAAGUCACACUAUGUUCAUUCUUCAGACGAGGAGGAGGGCUGUGCCAUUGUCUGUGGUGACGAUCCACUGAAUCUUAUUAAUCGACCUGAACGAACCGACGAAGAUGACGAUCCAGCAAUCCAUUACGGUUUGAUCGCCUCAGCGAACCAACUUAUGAAAGAUGCUAAUAUGCGGGAUAAACUUGUCGCCAACAAGGGCGUCCUUUGCUUUGAAAUGGAAGCCGCUGACUCGCAUAAAAAUGAUAAAUGGCAAGGUUAUGCGGCUAUGACCGCUGCAGCAUAUGCAAAAGCUCUUCUCUGUCGAAUAGCUUCAAACAAAUUGGAAGCUGAGGUUACAGUUAAAGACAGACUGUCAGAUCUCGUUGAUAUUUCAGAGCAGCAUCUUACUGUCGCCAAAGAGAGCCUGCAAAUACAAAAAGACUCUGCCAAAGAGCGGCUAACUGAAAGUGAGCAAAUGUGCCACCAGCUGUUCCGGCUUACAGCUAGUGAUAAGCAUACUACCUAUGAAUGGUAUAAAGAUUUAGUGGAAGAAAGAGUUGAAGGCACAUGCAUGUGGCUUCUCCAUCACGACUAUUUUCAGAAAUGGCUACAGCAAGAAUCCGGACCUUUGGUAGUUACUGCAGAUCCUGGUUGCGGAAAGUCCGUAUUAGCCAAGUACCUGAUAGAUCACGGCUUACCAAGGUCAGCAACUAUUUGUUAUUUCUUCUUCAAGGAUCAAGACCAAAACACUAUUCGACAGGCGCUCUGCGCAUUACUUCACCAGCUCUUUACUCAGAAGCCGGUGUUAAUUAAUCAUGCAAUGGCGAAAUUUUGCACAGAUGGGAACGGUUUAAUUAAUUCAACCGAGUCGCUCUGGGAAGUCCUGCGGAACGUUAUCAAUGAUACACAGGCUGGACCUAUUAUUAUAGUCCUCGAUGCUCUGGAUGAAUGUCUCGAAUCGGAUUUCCAGAAUCUGAUAAAGCAUAUUGAAAUCCAAUUUUCAGAAACGCAGAUAGCCCAGAGCAAGCUGAAGUUUCAAUGCUUAAGGGAUCACUUUCCAAAUAUUCGAAUACCGGGAGAGGAGGAAUCCGACGCUAUUAGUCAAGAGAUUAAUUGCGUUAUUACUUACCGAGCUACGCGAUUGUCUAAAGAGAACAGCCUACCACCUGAAAUUAAAAACCAUUUAGAACAUAGGUUGUGGGACAUGCCUAACCGCACUUAUCUCUGGGUAUUUUUAAUAUUUAAUUACUUGGAGAAAGAAACCUUUAAAAAGACUCUGAAAGAAGUUGAAUCUAUUAUCGCAACGAUUCCGAAAAGCCUUAAUGAAGCAUAUGAGCAAAUACUGAAUAAUCGGCCACUGACGCUAUCAGAAAUGAACGUGGCCGUGAACAUGGAUGAUACUAUACAUAACUUCAAUGAUCUUGACUUAGAGCAAGACCGAUUUUUUGAAUCACGAUUAAGAACCUGGUGCGGGUUAUUCAUCAUAAUAUAUCAUGGAAAGAUCUAUUUUCUUCAUCAGACGGCCCGUGAUUUUCUUCUAGCAGAUUGGGCAUCGCCUAGAUCUAUCACAUCUGGCUCACGAUGGAGAAACUCAAUCACAAUUCGCGAGGCACAAACCGUUCUUGCAGAUAUCUGCGUGCUCUACCUUGGCCUAUUCAACUCGCUAGAUAUUAUGGGGGAGCGCGAUCAACCGCAGGGAACACACGCACUCUUAGAGUAUUCGGCAAAAAAUUGGAACGCGCAUCUUCGCGAAUCUCAUAUUGUGAAUAAUAGUGCUAUUCUGCUAUCCGUUCUCAAGAUAUGUGAUUCGAAUUCGAAGAGCUAUUCAUCGUGGUUUGACCUCUUUUGGCAGACCACAGGCCUACAAUCUACCAAGCACUUUACUGACCUCAUGAUAGCUUCUUAUUGUGGUCAUACAAUUGUUGCCAAGCUGUGUCUAGAAAACGGAGCCGAUAUUGAGGCGAGAGAUGCCGUACAUACUCGGACACCGUUAUUAUGGGCCUCCACUGAGGGGCGAGACGACAUCGUUAAGUUACUGAUUGAGAUGGGAGCUGAUAUUGAUGCAAAUGAACGUGGCCGUACGCCAUUAUUAUGGGCGGCUAAGCAGGGGCAUGAUACCACUGCCAGGCUACUGCUUGAGGCGAAAGCGGAUACCGAGGCAAAAGACAGCGCGUACGCUAAUACUGAAGCAAGAGAUGCUACAUUUAAUCAGACACCGCUAAUGUGGGCGGCGGAGAAGGGAUACAAUACCAUUGCAAGACUACUUCUUGAAAAUGGGGCAGAUAUUGAGGCCAAAGAUAACGAAUACGGCCAGACAUCUAUAUUACUAGCCACUAGUAGUGGCCGUGAUACCACCAUCAAGCUACUGCUUCAAAACGGAGCUGAUAUUGAGGUGAAAAAUAAGGGUGGCUGGACACCGCUAACAUGGGCUGCGGCAAGAAAGCAGGCGCGGAUUGUUAAACUUUUGCUUGAGUGUGGUGCUCGCGUUCAAAAAGAUGAGAGAAACAGGUCAUGGGUACUAUCGUGGGCUAUGCGAGAGAAUCAUGAGGAUAUUAUUAAGUUACUACGGAAGCAGGGAGCAUGUGCAUAUAUAGAUGCAUAUGCGGGACUUGAUUUUAGUCGGAAGCGACUAUAA